GAGCUGACCGUGUGCGUGUCCGAGGCGUCGUGCUGCACCCUGGAGAUGGAGGCGGCGCUCCAGCGGCUGGUGCGCAGGGACUUCCAGGCGCUGCUGCACCACAACUCCAGGUCGCUGGAGGGCCUGCUCGUCUCCGCCGCCAACACCAUACGAGAGCACGUGCUGGAGCUGCUGCGGCAGUCAGAGAACAAGACGGCGUCGCUGUUCGAGCAGCAGUACCGGCUGAUCUCGCGGCAGGCGCGCGACCCCGUGUCUGCGCUGUACGCGACGCUGGGCGGCCACCUGGAGGCGCCGCUGCAGCCGAGCGCGGGCGCCAGCGCCCCGGGGCCCGCCGCCGACCUGGAGGAGGCCGUCACCGACAUGUUCGCCGGCCUCUUCCCGCUCGUCUACCGGCACGCCGUGUCCAAGGCGCGCGACUUCGCCGCCGACUACAAGGCGUGCCUGCGCGAGGUGGCGCCCGAGCUGCAGCCGUUCGGCGACGCGCCGCGCCAGCUGGCCAGGUCGGUGCAGCGCGCGCUGGAGGCGGCCAGGGUUCUGCGCCAGGCGCUGCUGCUGGGCGCCGAGGUGCUCAACGCCACCGACUCGCUGCUCACCGGUGGAGCGGCGGCCCAGGCGCAGUGCCACGCGGCGCUGCUCCGCAUGUCGUACUGCUCGCGCUGCCACGGGCUGCAGCGGCGCGUCCGCCCCUGCGCCGGGCUGUGCCUGAACGUGCUGCGCGGCUGCCUGACGCAGCACGCGGCCGAGCUGGACCUGCCGUGGAACGGAUACGUCGAGGCUGCUGAGAGGCUGGUCGUCGCCGUCCAGGGCCACGGCGCCGUCGACGACGUGCUGCGCUCGCUGGACGGACGCAUCACCGAGGCCAUCAUGAUCGCCAUGGUGCCCGCGCCCAACCUCGAGGAAAAGGUGAAGCGGUCUUGCGGGCCGCACAAGUGGGACGAGAGCUCGCCGGAUAGCUCAGAGGGCGAAGAGGAGGAGGAGGAGGCGGGGGAGGCAGCGGGCGGCGGAGCCCAGCGGCAGCUCGCCAGCGGCCAGAGCGAGGUGCUCGGCGUCACCCUCACGCAGGGCCACAUCACUACUGGGUCGGGCCAGGACACGCUGUCCUCGAAGCUGCAGCACUUCCUGACCAGCCUGACGAGGAGCCGCGGCUUCUACGCCAACCUGGCCGAGUCACUGUGCUCCGACGAGAGCUUCGCCGAGACCCGCGACACGGCCGACUGCUGGAACGGCCAGCGCGUCGGAGAGUACACAAAAACUGUGGUGGCUUCAAGUGUGACUGCACAGAAGUAUAACCCUGAACUGACAUGGACUCCAUACAACCCCGAUGCACGAAUUGCCGAGCUCAGUGACAAACUGAGGCAUAUAAAGCAGGUUGUGGUAAGCCAAUUGACAGAAACACCUCCAGCACUCUCCUUCACUCACUACGAAGAGGGAAGUGGAAGUGGACAGGAGCCAGGUGGAGGCUGGGAUGCAGAACAAGAUGGAGGAUGGCGAGAUGAUGGCUCAGGUUCUGGAGACAUACCAAUUGUAGGUGGAGGAGCAGGAGGAGUGGAUACUAGUUCAACAGAUCAUGCAGUACAUGUCUCACCAGGUGAAGGAAGAGAUGAAAAGAAAGCUGAUUCGGGAGCUGAUACUGUAUUCUCCUGCAGUCUUCUGCUCAUUGUCUUCGGUGCAACAGCAGCAACAUCAUAUAUAUAUGAUGGUUAGAUGUGUCUGUAUACCGAUACUCCAGCUAUCAAGAAGCCUGGGUUCCCAUCAGUUCACACAUCACCAACUCACAUUCAGUUGUGACAUCUUCUGAAAACACUGGUCAACUAUUAAAACACUGACCAUGUUACAUUGUGUGAAAUUAGUGUAUGUACUGAAUCAUUGUGACUGAGAAAAAAAUGCAGCCUGCACAGUGCAAGCUUAUGAUAUAAAAGAGAUUUAUAUAUAUUCAUUAUUUCUUCAUAUAUUAACAAAUUAAUAUCAACCAGUCUUUAAAAUUAUAUUGUGGUUGCAAUUGUUUGUUAAUAUAUGAACAUAAUAAACAUAGUUACACUAUAAAUGAUGGCCAAUAUGGUUUCAAAAGAUGUUUAUUUUUGGUUCACAAAUUAUGUCUGUGCCCCUGCAUCUAAACUUUUGUACUUAAACAGUACACUGUAUUUGUGCACAACAUAAAAUGCUAUUAGUUUUGUUUUUCACAAAAUCAUCUUUCUGACUAUGAAAACUUAACAUCAUUUAAGGAGUUCUGAAUCAGUACACCAUUAUCAUUGUUAACAUAAAUUCCAUUGUGAAGCUGAAACCGGACUGCUUCAUUAGCACCUUGGCUUGGUGAUGACUAGGCACUUUUAUACACUCACUCAGUGAAUAAAUGAAUUCAAACACAGCAGAAAUCAUUUUCACAGAUCAACAUACAGCACUAGCCCAUCGUUGUUUAAGGGAUGCUUCACAGCAACAGAAUAAAUAGUCAGCACAUAAAUGACAGCUCUCAUAAAAGGCACAAGAGGCUGAUGUUAUCAUGUAAUACAGUGUUCAAAACAAAAUAAUGUUUUACAGUCAUUGAAGGAUUACAAAAAUAGUAUCAUUCUGUUAGAGAUAUGUAAAAAAUCAUCACUAAAUGCAUUGACUCUGGAAGUGUCAUUUUGGCACAUGUUUUUGUAUACCAUUAUGUAACUGCGUCAGAACAAAAAGAUGAAAAGAAUUUUCAAUAUUUUCAAGUGCUUUAAUUACUCAAUGUUUCAUUCAUAGAUUUUGGCCAUACAUUUUGUCUUCAGAACUCUGCUUUCAAUUUCCACCUUUCAGUGCAUAGCUGACAUUUCCAUUUAGACACAUGAAUUUUCUUGGUUGAUAUAACAUGAGACUAACAUAUCUAGGAAGAAUGUUAUUGUGUGUGGAUGAGUGGUAGUGUGGUAAGUACUUGUGUAUUCUAAAAAUCACAGUUAUGCAGUUAUACAGUGAAGUUUCACUGUAAGUUUAAAACGGAACUGCAUCACACAAAUUGAAAGGCACAAUUAAACUUGCUCAUAAUUUGGGGUACAAAAUCCAUAACAGUUGCACAGGGACAAUCUUCUCUUGAUUCUUUCACCCAGAACAGGCUGUCAUAUCUUCACCCUAAUUAUGUGAGCAGCAGAAGCUGUUUAAAUUGUUUACAUACUUACAUAAGUUUACAGCAUUGUGACAUAAAUCAAGGAGACAAAGUGACCCAAAAAAAAAAAAAAAACAUGACCAUGUUA